CCCUAGGUACUAAGGUAAGGUUCUUCGGUUCUACCUGAGGUACAAAGUUCGAGUGCAGAUAAGACGGCUUACCAAAGCAACAGUGCGGCCGGUCCUCAAACACCGUUUGAAUACGUCGCUGCAAGUACUCGGUACCUUGGCCCGCGAAAAAUCCUCUCUCCCAGUCCCCAGGAAUCGGCAGACUCGCAGCACAACAAGACACCGACGAUCCGGCCCAAACACCUCGUCCUUAAACACAUGUCACGCUGCCUGCUGACCGACCGCAUGUCUCCGUGGUCUUCUUCCCCCCCGUACCAACCCGGCUCAACAUGCGGCGGAGUUGCUCUCUGCUGCAUUCUCAAACAUCACCCUGGAUCCAAUAGCCCAACCAGCCUCCAUCCUCCAACCCCAGGCCCAGCAGCAUAGCCAUCAAAGGAAUACCGGUAAUCGCUGUUCACCGGCAGCACCCAUCGCCAUCUACGACACCCACGCCCGCGCCGACUCCGCCUCCGUCUCUCCCGCCUUGGACCCCCACGACUCCCGUUUAUCUAGAAGAGACAGACAUCUCCACUCCUCACUCUGGCCGCUGAGACGACUCUUGUUCCCCUUCCAACGCCUCUUUACGGGAGCUGUCGUCUGUCCUGCACUCCCGCCCUUCCCUUACAACAUGUCGUCCGUCCGCGCCAUACCCUCCACCCCGCGGGUUAUCUCCCCGAGCCCGACACCUUCAGAGAUUGAUGCAGCGUCACAAGAUAACUACUUUGGCCCGGUGACGAGGUCUGCGGCGAAGAAGAGGCGAACAACCCCCCAGCCGCUGGAGGAGCGCGCAGAAGAGGAUGACUACGAGCCAUCGACAAUGCGCAGAUCGCGCACGAGAAGUCGAUCACCCAUCGAGUCCCGCCGAAUCACGCCCAUGACCACGGUCAAGUCGCAGAGCAAGAGAGGCAAAUCGCCCAUCAUCCCGAGCGAACCGAUCACGGAAGAAGUCACCGCCAACGGCGAAGCGAACGGCAAAGCCAAAGCUACGACGGCCAACGGCCACCUGGCUCCUCCCUCUGCCGCUCCUACGGGAUGGAGCUGGCGCGAUUUCAGUCGAAGCCCCAGUCCGCUGGGCUUGAUACCGAUUCACAGGAAGUGGCGGACCUUUGUACACAAGCACGAGGUGCCCAGGAAGAUCUUGCACGUCUCGAUCGGGUUCUUCACUUUGUGGCUCUACGUAUCGGGUAUCCAGACAAGCUCAGUCGCACCGUGGCUCUUUGCUGCGCUGAUGCCCAUCACGACCGCCGACUACCUCCGUCACAACUACGCCUCCUUCAACCGAUUCUACGUCUCGGUCCUCGGCGCGCUGAUGCGUGAGAGCGAAUACGCCGGAUGGAACGGAGUCAUCUUCUACCUGCUUGGCGCGUGGAUUUCGAUGCGCUUCAUGCCCAAGGACGUCGGUGUGAUGGCCAUCCUCCUGCUCAGCUGGUGCGAUACCGCCGCCAGCACCUUUGGCCGCAUGUACGGCGCUUACACCCCGCGCAUCCGCCGCGGCAAGUCGCUUGCAGGCUCCACAGCCGCCUUCCUCGUCGGCAUCGCCUCUUCAUACUUCUUCUGGGGAUGGCUCGCACCGAGAACGGGACCUUUCCCCGGCGACGAAAAUUACCCCUUCAUGUUCACGGGAGCACUGCAUCUACCCCGCACCAUCGCAAGCGCCGUGGGGCUUUCGGACGCUCAGGCUACUAUCACCGGACCGCUAGCGCUCGGAGCCAUGGGUCUGUGGUCUGGAUUUGUGGCGGCCGCCAGUGAGGUGGUGGACAUUUUCGGUUGGGACGAUAACUUGACGAUCCCGGUCCUCAGCGGGGCUGGUAUUUGGGGAUUCCUCAAAAUCUUUGGCUAGAAGGCGGAACUCAUGGGCCGGCGGGGGAAACUAGACGGGCGGAAAGGAACUUUGACUAGCUCACCGACGGCUGCUAGUACACCAAACGGCAAUCAGUAUCAAGAAGAGAGAGUUGGGGGGAGUCGGUGGUUAGGGAAAAAACGGCGCGUCUUCUGCCUCGUAUAAAUGGCUGGCAAUGGCUUUCUACUUUGCAUGAUUAAUCGGCGUUCAUAUCGUGUCCACUGGGAUAAGAGGUAGGGGAUGGGGGCGGGGCAAGGCAUGGUAUGGUAUGGCAAUGGCAAUGGCAUGCGAGGACGGCCGGGGACGAGGAAACAUACCAUCAUCACGACAACGACGGGGUAUCUCGUCCACCAAGUUUGUACACUUUUUUUCAUUUUUGUUUGACGCGAAUACAGGAACGGAAACACCAGGUACGGAAUCAAAGGAGACGUACAGAGGGGACCUGAAGUCCCAAAGCCACGGGUAUAUAUCAGUUAGCUGCUAUUACAAGAUAACGAUAAAAUCAAUCAGAACUAUCCCCCUUCUUACACCUAUUUUAGCCCUGCUGGCUUGGCUUUCCGUCCCCCUCCCUCAUCGUCUCCGUCUCCGUUCGACCCCUCACUUUUUUUCACCCAUCUGACAUGCAUCUUUUCUCGCGCGAUGAUACCGAGUACAAGGACAAGGCCCCGAAGAAGGAGGUUUCUUGUCAAAAAGUAUUGAGGAACCAUCUGAGCGGUCAAACAUCGUCACUGCCUUAGCGUCCUGGGAACGGCAGUGAAAAGGAUCGACCUCCUUGUUGCGACUUGUGAGUUUGAGCUUUGCGUCUUGGCCCUCCCAACUUGAAGUCGCAGAAGCAGCGAGUGAGUG